AUGCUGACCAACUCAGCAAUUAAAAGCAGACAGAGCUUGUCAAAAAAGAGCAAGUCGAGCAAAAAGCACGCGCGCCAGGAGAAUCAGAACACUCUGAGCCCCUCAACAAGAGCUUAUAAAAAUCAUAAAAAUUCUCAGGCUCAAGAAGAGGAGUUACAGCACAAGGCCUCUUCUCAUGAAGAGAUGGUCAUUUCAACAACCUCAAAAGAAUCAGAAGAUAAUGAUAAUACAGGCCCUAAAAGUGAAGCCUCAGAUGUAGAAAUGAAAGAUGAUGAAUAUGAAAAAUCUGUUAUUUCUCAUAAGAAUAAGCCAGGAAACUCAGACUCAAAAACUCCUCCCACGCCGGCCAAGCCCUUUAUGAAUAUGCGGCUGUCAGACCUCGACCGUGCCUGUCUCAUAGCAGACAGAAAAGCAGUUUGA